CAGCUACGGGCAACCUCUGACAACGAAAUGGCUUCAGUUCUGAAGCGCAAGAGAGGGUCGGCGCAGGGAGUCGAAACACUUAAACGGGCGAAAGCAACUACAGAUGUUCUGGAAGAUGCUCCAACGUCUGUGAUUUCCGGCGGCGGAUGGGAUGCAGCCUUUGCGCCUAUAAAUGAGCUCGCAACGGUCAAUGGAUCUGGUGCCCACGAUGACAAAGUAGAUUCUUCUGGUGCAGAAGAUUUUGAGCAAUAUGCACAGAAAGAAGACGAAUAUGAGAAAAAGGCAAGGAAAGCAUCCAAGUCAAAGGCUUCCAAAUUGAAGGACUCCGACUGGAAAGUCUCAGCACCGAUUGGAGGGCGAAUGAUCGACGUAGACCCUUUAUUUACAGAGGGCGAAAAGUUUCUUAUCGUCGCACACCGUCAAUCAAUUCACGUUUACUCGACGGCAACUUCGCUUUUACACCGCUCCAUCGACCUGAGCGUCAACGGCUCCAGGCCAGCCAAUGUACGCAUCGUUGCGUACGCCCUUUCGGAGACGGACCCGAGCAUGAUCUGGGUGGCAUGCUCAGAUGGAGCUGUAUAUCACAUCAACUGGGUUUCAGGAAGUGGGACAGAUCAAUUCUGGACUACUUCGUCGAUGGGAAUGACACACAUGACGGCAUCCUCAAUGACAUCCGCUGGUCGAACUCGCGAUAUCGUUUUCACGACUGAAGAGCGCCGCGACGGAGGGUGGAGAGUAACUGCACACGAGCUCACACCGCCUGGCAGCGACAUCCCAACUGUUGCACGGACAAUCUACACCUCUACGCAGCCCAUCCAUAUUCUCAAGGUCGUCAAGAACGGAAGUUUGAUUGUUGCGGCAUCCGAGAGGAGAGUCCUGGUGGCCAACCUCAGAACCACCGACUUUGACAGCGUGGACAAGAUCAGAUACGAGUUCCGCGUCUUCGAAUCAACCGAUUACAUUUCCUCCAUCGACGUGCGAGUCACCUCCGCAGACAAGAGCCAGAAGUCAAAGUCUAAGGAGUCGAAGUCCAAGGCAGAGACCUUUGGUGUUGUGGAUGUUGUGGUCGGAGAUGUGAAGGGUUCCAUUUUCGUCCACAACGAUCUUCUGAGGAAGAUGAUUCAGUCACAGAAUGCCGUCGCAUCCGGGAAACCGGCUGUUGAUAUGCUACCUCGCAAGAUGCAUUGGCACAGAAAGGCUGUCCAGAGUGUCAAGUGGUCGCUGGAUGGUAAUUAUAUCAUCUCUGGUGGCAGCGAGACGGUCAUGGUUUUGUGGCAACUCGAUACGGGAAAGAAGCAAUUCCUGCCCCAUCUUUCAGCCGCUAUCCAUAACAUCGUCGUAUCCCCGACUGGAUCAUCUUACGCGGUCCGCCUGGCUGACAACUCUGCCAUGAUUCUCUCUACCGCUGAGCUAAAGCCUACCGCCAGCAUAUCUGGUCUUCAAACCCAAGUCAUUAGAGAUUCAGUUUCCUUAGAUGCCAGGGUCUCAAGAGUCAAGGACGACGAGCGCGAAGGGAUACUUGUGCAGCACGCACCAGCAGUUAUUAACCCCCUCAAACCAUCACACCUGCUUCUAGCCGUUGGAGAGAACCAAGAAAUCAAUCCUCUGUCCAAGGAAAUCCUCAGCACCCCAUACCUGCAGACAUUCGACGUCGCAUCCUCACACAACAUCUCCCGCCAGGCCUUGUCGAGAACCAACAUCACCAAUAUCAAUGUUGGGCCCAACGCCCACCGCAUCUCAGAGCCCCAAGUCACUCACAUGCAGAUCAGCCAUGACGGAUUGUGGCUUGCUACCGUGGACGAAUGGCUGCCUCCUCGCCGCGACCUAGAGUACCUAGGCCACUCGACAAUUAACCUCGCCGACGAGCAGCGCAAGCGCCGCGAGGUUUACCUAAAGUUCUGGCAGUGGAGCGAGACUACCGAGACCUGGGAAUUAGUUUCCCGGAUCGAUGCCCCUCACACGAUGGGACCUGAGAACUACGGCGCUGGGCGAAUUUUCGACCUUGUCGUAGAUCCCAGCUCUCACGCCUUCUCUACUAUCGGCGAAGACAGCACUGUCCGCAUCUGGAGACCCAAGACCAGGACGCGUGAUGGCAUCGCUGUUCGCGGGAAGGAUGGAGAGGCUUUGGUUAGCUGGAGCUGUCGGGGCCAGGUUACGCUGCCGAAACCAGUUUCGGAAGUUGAAGUCACUGUUCCUGGUGCUCCGCAAAGACCAGAUCACGGGUGUCUUGCAUUCUCUGAAGAUGGCUCGGUACUCGCGGCUGCAUUGACUGGCGGACAUGACGCUGUGAUUCACCUCGUCGACCCAUCUGUCGGUACUGUCAAAUACUCACGGCCUACAUCAUAUACUGGCGAUAUUGUGCGGAUGGCGAUUGUCUCCCAAUACCUCGUCACCGUGGCAGAUGAAGUACGCGUAUACGACAUCGUCUCAAACGAGCUAAAAUACGGCAUCAGGCUAGGCUCAAGGCAAUUAGCACUCACUCUCGAGCAAAAGGCAGAGAUGAUCCACUUGAGCGUCGACAGACAAAGCAAGACAUUCGCCGUGGCACUUCCAUGCAAAGGCAGAGAAAAGGAAGGUGUCCACAUCGCAGGCACUCUAGCCGGCGUAUACAGCCAGAUUGCUGUAUUCGAGGCCGUACGACCAGCCCCAUUAAUGGCACAGAGCCUCCCAUACCUGCUUACCGCCCUUGUCCCCUCAGCGAAUUCGCCAGGAUACAUCGCCAUCGACGCAGCAGCUGAGAUCGCCACUAUUACGCCCAAGGCAAGCCAGGCGUCUGCAGUGAUGGCGCAGUCGAUUGCGGAUCUCGGACUCGAGUCUGUGGUUGAGGAGCCAGCUGUGGGACUCAUGCAGCUUGUCGAGGAGGCGGAGGCAGAGGAGAUGGCUGAUGUUGAGGCAAUCGAGGAGGACGCCGAUGACGAUGGAGCGCCAGUUGUCUCGCAGCAGCAGCUCGCGAAUAUCUUCGACAUUGGACCUUCGUUCGCUCUCCCGCCUAUCGAGGAGAUGUUCUAUCAGGUCGCGGGUCUAUUUUCUACCAAGCCGAUUGGGGUUCAGUGAGCUGUGUGUGUGUUCUAGGUUCAUCUUUUGUUACAUAGCGAGGAGUACUUUCAUGUCUUGGCAGGGCACUGCUGUAGAGUUUGAAUGGAACAAACAUUCAACUACACUUGAACAACCCCCAUAGGGCGACUUGCCUUGCCCCUUUUAUGAAAUAUGUAGCACGUGAUGAUAAGAGGGGAAUGACGCCUUACCCCGCGUCUAUGGCUCGGCGUCGCCUCUAGUUUACAACCGCGGUUUA